AUGGCACCACCCUCCAGCCGCCGACCGGUGGCAGCCGGGCCGUCCGAGACAGUCUCAACCUCAUUUCUGCUCGCCAACCUUCACUGUCCCACAUGUGUGUCGACGAUAAAGAGCGCCCUCCACGGAUCCUGCGGCUCUCUCGUCAAAUGGGUCUCACCCAACGUUGUCACCUCUGUAGUGACCGUCGAGCACGCCCCAGACGCAUCUCUCCGGCAGAUGCGCCAAGCCCUUGAGGAGAGCGGGUUCGAAGUAUGCGGAAUAACCACCUCGUCUGGCACUAUCUCCGACUCGGAUCUUGAAACGGGAGAGUUUCAGCCGAACGGCGAGAGUAGCGACAGCAGAUUCAGCAACAGCACCAACGACAUGGGCCUUCCGGUGUCUGGCCUCGCCCGUUGGUUCCGGCCCGUGCCGUCGCAGGCUUCCCCGUCUGAAAAGAGCCGGGCCCAUCUCGAGAACUGCGAACAGUGCCGGAGCACCGUGGGCACCCUGACGGACGAGAAGGCAGUAUUGAACAUCGUGUCCCAACAUACCACCACUCCGAGCACGCCCAUCACUAGUUUGGCUCCAUUACCCACCACGUCAUCCAGCCCCUUUAUCGCCAUCGGAGGCGAUAAGGAUCAGCCAUCACUCUGGAGGGUAUCGCUCGCCGUGGGAGGCAUGACAUGCUCCGCCUGUGCCAACAUGAUUACCGAGGGCCUCAAGAAGAACGACUGGGUCGCAAACGUUGUGGUCAACCUCGUCGGAAACAGCGCCGUGGUGGACGUGAAGGAAAGGGACAAAGCCGACGAGCUCGUUCAAGUCAUUGAGGACCUCGGAUACGAGGCGACUCUGGACUCGGUCACUGACCUAAGCCAAGGGAAGCGCAAAGCCACGGAAAGCUCGGAUCUCUGGCGAGCGAGCCUUGCUAUCGGGGGCAUGACCUGCGCCGCUUGCUCCAACACCAUCACCAGGGAACUGAUGAAGAAGGACUGGGUCAAGGACAUCACUGUCAACUUACUCACCAAUAGCGCCUCGGCCGACAUUGAGGGCCGGGCCAACGCCGACAGGCUAGUGGAAGCGAUUGAGGAUCUUGGCUACGACGCGACCCUUGACACGGUAAUCAACCUCGCCCAAGAAGCGGCCGAAGAACGCAGGCGGACCGUCGAGAUCCGGGUCGACGGCCUCUACUGCGAACACUGCCCGGACCGCGUGACAAAAAGCCUCGCCGGCUUCAGGCGACACCUCGAAGUUCUCACCCCGCCGAGCCGCAAACGGCCCAUCAUGAAGCUCAGCUACGUCCCCGACGCGCCCACGUUCACAGUGCGCCAGAUCCUCGCCGCCAUCGAGGCCAGCGACCCGGGGUUUACCGCCGCCAUCUACCACCCGCCCACCCUCGAAGAGCGCUCUAAGCAGAUCCAGCGCAAACACCGCCUCCAGAUCCUCUUACGCGUCAUCUUCACCGGCGUCGUCUGCAUCCCCACCUUCAUCAUCGGCAUCGUCUACAUGUCCCUGCUCCCCUCCAGUAACCCCACCAAGCAUUUCCUGAUGAGGCCGUGGACGUCGGGCAUCAGCCGCGCGCAGAUUGCGCUCUUCAUCAUGGCGACGCCCGUCUACUUCUUUGCCGCGGACCUGUUCCACCGGCGCGCCAUCAAGGAGAUCCGCACCCUCUGGCGCCCCGGCAGCCGGGUCCCCAUCCUGCAGCGCUUCUACCGCUUCGGGAGCAUGAACACGCUCAUGUCGCUCGGCACCACCAUUGCCUACAUCUCGUCCGUGAGCCAGCUGAUCGCCGCCGCCGCGAACAAGCUGGACGAGGUGAACGACUCCAAUUUCUACUUUGACUCGGUCGUCUUCCUGACCUUCUUCCUGCUCUUGGGCCGGUUGAUUGAGGGUUACAGCAAGUCUAAGACCGGAGACGCGGUAGAGAUGCUGGGGAAGUUGCGGCCGACGACCGCGACCCUCGUCGAGGGGUACGGGACGGACAAGGAGAAAGACGUGCUUGUCAAGGCCGACUUGCUCGAUUUUGGCGACGUGGUGCGCGUCACUCACGGCGCGUCGCCGCCCGCGGACGGCACCGUCGUGGGGGGGGAGAGCAACUUUGACGAGUCUAGCCUGACGGGAGAGUCACGGCUGGUCAAGAAGGCGGUGGGCGACCAGGUGUUCUCGGGAACGGUCAACAAGGAUGCCUCGCUCUUGGUGCGCAUCACCGGCGUGGCGGGGUCGUCGAUGCUAGACCAGAUCGUCCACGUCGUCCGCGAGGGCCAGACGAAGAGGGCGCCGAUCGAGCAGGUCGCGGACAUGCUGACGUCGUACUUCGUCCCCGUGGUCACCUUCAUUGCCGUCCUCACCUGGAUCCUCUGGCUCUCGCUCGGACUAGGUGGCCACAUCCCCGAGCAUUACCUGGACGUUACUUCCGGCGGCUGGGUCGCCUUCUCGCUGCAAUUCGCCAUUGCCGUGUUCGUUGUGGCGUGCCCCUGCGGCCUCGCUCUCGCGGCGCCGACCGCGAUUUUUGUGGGCAGUGGUCUCGCAGCGAAGCAUGGGAUCCUCGCCAAGGGCGGUGGCGAGGCGUUUGAGAAGGCUAGCAGGAUCGAUUGCGUCGUCUUCGACAAGACGGGCACCCUCACCAAGGGCGGCGAGCCCAGCAUCACCGACUCCGAGGUGUACGCCCAAGAGGCCGCCCGGAGGGACGCCCUCUUCGCAGCGCUGAAGGCGGUCGAAGAGAACAGCAGUCACCCGAUCGCAAAGGCCGUUGUCUCCUUCUGCAGCACCCAAACAUCCUCCCGGGCCACGGUUGAUGACCUCCAAGAAGUUGCCGGAAAAGGGCUGAGAGCGACGUACCGGGCCACCGACCCGGCAUCAUCUUUCGAGCUCGCCGUCGGAAAUGAAUCCUUCAUGUCUGACUUCUCCGUCGCCAUCCCCGCCCAGACAGCGGCCGCCCUCGAGCGCUGGAAAUCCGAAGCCAAGUCGGUCGCUCUCGUUGCCACCCGCGCCGCGGACUCCCAAUCAUGGACUCUCGCAGCGGCGUUCUCCAUCUCGGACCCCAUCCGCCCCGAGGCACCGCGCAUCAUCCGCGCCCUCCGGUCCCGGGGCACCCGCGUGUGGAUGCUGUCCGGCGACAACCCGACCACCGCCUCGGCGGUCGCCUCCCAGCUCGGCAUCCCCCCGGACCAGGUCAUCGCGGGCGUGCUGCCGACCGGCAAAGCGGACAAGAUCAAGUACCUCCAGUCGACGCUCAAAGCGCGUGCCGGCGGGAGCGGGAGCGGGAGCAGGGGCCAGUCCGCCACCAAGCGAGCCAUGGUCGCCAUGGUCGGCGACGGCAUCAACGACUCGCCCGCGCUGGCGACGGCCGACGUGGGCGUCGCCAUCGGGUCCGGGGCCGACGUGGCCAUCAGCAGCGCCGACUUCGUGCUGGUCAAGAGCGACCUGCGGGCGGUAGUCGACCUGCUGGACCUGUCGGCCGUCGUCUUCUCGCGCAUCAAGCUCAACUUUGGCUGGGCCGUCGUGUACAACUGCAUCGCCCUGCCCGUGGCUGGGGGUGCCUUCUACCCCAUCGUGAGCCGCGGGCAGCACGUCCGGCUGGACCCCGUGUGGGCGAGCCUGGCCAUGGCGCUGAGCAGCAUCAGCGUCGUGCUCAGCUCCCUGGCACUGCGGGUCAGGGUGCAGGGGAUCGGGUACCGCGAGAGGCGGAUCGAGUGA